GUCAAGCAUUUUGACAACCACAUAAUUUCAUAUGUUCUUGAUCCUACUGGAGAACAAACCAUAGUUGAGUAUUCCCAGCUCUUUUCAAGGUGGCCGUUAAGUGUGCACUCAUACUCUGGACAGACAGGUGUGAUUAACAAAUAUUCUCAUACAUGCGAGCCUCUCUGAAUCUGUUGUACAACAUAAAGUUUUACAAUAGGCCCAGCUUCCAUUAUGCUAGGCAUAAUUACAUCUAAACUGCCAAUUAAGUCCUCACACACUCGCCUUUCUGAACCCCGACUAAUUGUUCUUUCUAAUAACAGAAAAACAGAAAAUGUGAAUGUUUCAAAUAACCAAUGCACCUACUGUAUCCCCAAAUCUUCCCUAGACUGCCUAACCAAGAUGUGGGAUUGUCAUUUUCGAGAUGAAAAAUUCCCCUGUCCCUGAUUAUGUUGGGGUCAUGACUUUUGUCAAAGUUGUUUGCAGUGUACUGUAGAAAAGCUGUAAUGAGCCACUUGCAUAAAAAAAACACUCUGUCUGAUUUUACAAUGCAUUUUCCUCUAAAUGCACACAUCCCCUAUUUUUCUGCUUAAAGUUGUUGGUCUGGUUACCAGUAUAAGGUUGACAAGAUGCCUGUUUUCAAAGUCUGGAGCAGUGACAGACUUUCCAGAAAAUGCAUUCCAGCUACUUGCUAUGAGGAACUUCUUAACAAAGCACAGCAAAAGUUUGCAUUUGCAUCAAGUGACUUGUUGGCAGUAGUUCUGGAGGAAGAUGGGACUGAAAUAGACGACACUGAAUCCCUCAUGGAAUUUUCCAAGUCCAUUCUGAUGAUUCUACAACCAGGACAGACGUGGCAUCGAAAAACAUCCACUCCUCCAGCAGAAUUGCCUUCUGAAGAGGGGAAAAGUCAUGCUCCGGAUGAGUACUCAGAAAUCAAACUAAUAGAUGUGGAUGUUGGUCCAUCUACCAGUACAAAGACCUUCCCUGCACCCACUACUGCUUGUGGGAUUUCAUCCCGGGUGACAUCAGCAACUUCAUUGCCAUCAUUCAGCACAACCAUUCAGCAACAUCUAAAGGCUGGGACAGAAUUUCAGAUUUGGAAAGAAAUGAUUGCAGAGGCUGCACAUUACUACACUGCCAACUUCCCCAACAUCAGCAGCUCAUCUGAAUAUCAUGACAUUGGCAAGAAGAUGCACCAAGAAUUUCCUGCAAUUGCCCGAGAAGGAGAACAUGCAUGGUCCUUUUUCACGAAAUGCUUAAGCCAGAGGAUUCGACACAUGCGAUGGGCAUCAAAAAAGAAGACAGUGCCACCAAAACCAGCAGAGGUACAAGGAGAGAAGAGGGGACGGGAGGACACCAAUGACCAGCCCAGGAAAUCUGUCAGAGGAGCACAGCUGCACAUUUCUGGUCACAAGAGCUGUACUGAUGCAGAGUAUGAGGAACAUCUUAAGGAGCUAGCGAGUCAAUGGGACAAGGGUGAGACACGAAAUGUGAAGCACAUCAAGCUGCUGCUCAGCGAAACCUUUCGAAGGAACGAGCAGUGGAUUCGUACUCUACCGGAUUCUCAGGUUCAUCCAAUCCUUGAGAAAAUACCUUGCUAUGAAGAUGGUGCAAUGGUGAUGCAUGAUUUUCAACUCCUCCUUGGUGAGACAAAGUUUCAGGCCAUCCAAGACAACAUCAUCGUCUUCAUGGAUGCAGUAGAGAAAAUUAUGGAAUCGAAAACAGAGGAGGCCGAGCCAGAGAGGAUGAUCCCUAUAAUUUCUUACGUGGAAAAGGCAACAGCCUUUGAGAAGGGGAAGGGAAGAAAGACUAGGUCGAUCAUCACCAUGAAAGAGGACAUACCAGAUGGUGACAUCAAAAAGGAACUCCACACCCCAAGAAAUGAGCCACCGAAGCUGGUAAUCUUCACAUCAAACAACAAGCUGCAAGCAUCUUUUGUUGUAGCUGAUGGAGUCAGUAUUAUGAGUGAGAAGGGUUCUACUGCCACUGCUGCAAUCCUCUUACUCAUUGGAGUGUACUACCUAUUCGACCUGGAGUACCCAAAGACUUAUUCUCAGCUCCUUGGAACACUCCAGAACCAUGUUGUUAAGGGUGUGCCCUAUGAUGGCCAAAAGAGUGCCAAAUUCAGAAUGUUCCAAACGGCUUUGCAAAGAAAAUUAAAAGCUGUUGCUGAAAAUUAAAAGCAGUUGCAGUAGAACCCUUCUCACCUUAUUUUGUCCAUUACACAACAUGCUGCUUAAACUCAUUAGGCCAAGAAGAAAAAAACAUGUUUUCUGUUACAACACAAAUAUUUAGGGUACUAUAUCUCUUUUCCCCUAA